UACGGUCGCGGUUGGCUGGGCCCCGGCUCGAAGAACCUUGUUUCGGGGUCUGUGUCAGUUUCCCUUCUCGGUGGUGACCGGAGCCGAAGUGGGCUGGCCUCGUCUUCCCCGGGGGCCGUGGCCGAAGCACUCGGGCGGCCGCCGCAGAAUCAGAAGGGAGGACAGAGCCAAUCUGACUGCAGCUCCAGGAGGCGGAGGCAGCCAGUCUUCCCCGAGUCCUACGGCUGCUCGCGGAGGGGUUAGUGGAGCCGUACGCGCCCAGUCCCUUACGUUUCCAGGCAGCGGGACUGUGCAGACCAGUGUGACCCGGCUCCCUCCUGCCCGGACUCGAAACAGCCGUCCGAUCGCGGCUGUGUUGGCAAGGGGCGCGUGGGAGGCGGGGAACCGCGUGGCUCGGCGGGGCAAGCAGUCUCGCCGGCGGGAAGGGCGGGUGCUGGGGCCUCGGACCCUCCCUCUUUGGGUGCAGGAGGGUCUCCUCUGCUUGAGGGUGGGAGGGGCGGGGAGACCCUUCACGAUUCUUUUUCCUCCGGGCAGCCCUCGGGUCCUGCCACCACCCGCGGGACGCACAGAACUGACCGUGGGGAUGGCCACCAGGGUCCGGACAGCUGCCAUCUGGGUUCCGCCUCUCCAGGAACAAGAGAGUUCCUGCAACAGAAUCAGAGAGUUCCGAGAUCAGGAAUCCAUCCUUGGCCCUGGUGCACCUCGGCAAGGACAUAGGAAUCACAGGACAGAGCAGGUUCUAGAGUGGCUGUUUAUUUCCCACGAGCAGCCAAAACCCACCCAGUCUCGGGGACCAUUGUCAUUUGUGGAUGUGUUUGUGGACUUUACCUGGGAAGAGUGGCGGCUGCUGGACCCAGCUCAGAAGCACCUGUACAGGAGUGUGAUGUUGGAGAACUACAGCCACCUGGUGUCCCUGGGUUACCAAGACACCAAACCUGAUAUCAUCUUCAAAUUGGAGCAAGGAGAAGAACUGUGGAUGUUGCAGGCCCAAAUCCCAAGUCAAGGCCAUCCAGAAAAAGUCCUGGAAAUUGAUGAUCAUAUGGACUGGCAUCAGGAAAAUCAAGGCAAGCUGGAAAGUAUGGCAAAAAACUAUGAAUGUACUGCAUUUGGAAAACUAUGUCUUCUUAGUACAAAUUAUGAUUCUUCAGGACAAAAGCUUCAUAAAUACAUCACUCAUGGAAUGAGUUUUAAAUAUAAUAUAGAUUUCAAUAGUGGUUUUGCUGGAAAGAAUCCUAAUGAGUUUCAUGCAUACAGGGAACCAUUCCAUCAUUCUAAACACGAGCAAACUGUUACUGGAAUAAAAUACUGUGAAAGUAAUGAAUCUGGUAAAACUGUCAACAAGAAGUCACCACUCAUAUGCCAACAGGUGUAUGUGGGUGGAAAACCCUUUGAAUGUGGUUUUUGUGGGAAGGCCUUCAGCAGCAAGUCAUACCUUGCAGUGCAUCAGCGAACUCACGCAGAAGAGAAACCCUACAAAUGUAAGGGAUGUGGGAAGGACUUUAGCAGCAAAUCCUACCUCACUGUCCAUCAGAGAACUCACACAGGAGAGAAACUCCAUGAAUGCAGUGAAUGUGGGAAAGCCUUCAGUUUCAAUUCACAACUCGUUAUACAUCAAAGAAUUCACACAGGUGAGAAUCCCUAUGAAUGCUGUGAAUGUGGAAAGGUAUUCAGUAGAAAAGACCAGCUCGUUUCACACCAGAGAACUCAUUCGGGGCAGAAACCCUAUGGUUGUAAUGAAUGUGGUAAGGCUUUUGGUUUGAAGUCACAGCUCAUUAUACAUCAAAGAAUUCAUACAGGAGAGAAACCCUUUGAAUGCAGUGAAUGUCAGAAAGCCUUUAAUACAAAGUCAAACCUUAUGGUACAUCAGAGAACCCAUACAGGGGAGAAACCGUAUGGUUGUACUGAGUGUGGAAAAGCCUUUACUUUCAAGUCGCAGCUCAUUGUACAUCAGGGGGUUCACACAGGAGUAAAGCCCUAUGGGUGCAUUCAGUGUGGGAAAGCCUUCAGUUUGAAGUCACAGCUCAUUGUGCAUCAGAGAAGUCACACAGGAAUGAAACCUUUUGUAUGUAGUGAAUGUGGCAAAGCCUUCAGGAGCAAGUCCUACCUCAUUAUACACAUGAGGACUCACACAGGAGAGAAACUCCACGAAUGCGGUGACUGUGGGAAAGCCUUCAGUUUUAAUUCACAACUCGUUAUACAUCAGCGGAUUCACACAGGAGAGAGUCCAUAUGAAUGCCAUGAAUGUGGGAAAGCCUUCAGUCGGAAAUACCAGCUCAUUUCACACCAGAGAACCCAUGCUGGGGAGAAGCCCUAUGAAUGCAGUGACUGUGGGAAAACUUUUGGCUUAAAGUCACAGCUCAUUAUACAUCAGAGAACUCAUACAGGCGAGAAACCCUUUGAAUGCAGCGAAUGUAGCAAAGCCUUUAACACAAAGUCGAACCUUAUUGUGCAUCAGAGGACCCAUACAGGGGAGAAACCCUACAGUUGUAGUGAAUGUGGAAAAGCCUUUACUUUCAAGUCACAGCUCAUUGUACAUCAGGGGGUUCACACUGGGGUAAAACCCUAUGGAUGUAAUCAGUGUGGAAAAGCCUUUAGUUUGAAGUCCCAGCUCAUUGUGCAUCAGAGAAGUCACACAGGAGUGAAACCCUACGGAUGCAGCGAAUGUGGAAAAGCCUUCAGGAGCAAGUCCUACCUCAUUAUACACAUGAGGACUCACACAGGAGAGAAACCACAUGAAUGCAGUGAAUGUGGAAAAUCCUUCAGUUUCAAUUCACAGCUCAUUGUACAUCAGAGAAUUCACACAGGAGAAAAUCCCUAUGAAUGCAGUGAAUGUGGAAAAGCUUUUAAUAGGAAAGAUCAGCUCAUUUCUCAUCAGAGAACUCAUGCAGGGGAAAAACCUUAUGGAUGCAGUGACUGUGGGAAAGCCUUUAGUAGCAAGUCCUACCUCAUUAUACACAUGAGAACUCAUUCAGGAGAGAAACCACAUGAAUGUAACCAAUGUGGGAAGGCCUUCAUUUGGAAGUCACUACUCAUUGUACAUGAGCGAACUCACGCAGGGGAAAGCCCUUAUAAAUGUAGUCAGUGUGAGAAAUCCUUCAGUGGAAAAUUACGGCUCAUUGUACAUCAGAGAAUGCACACAAGAGAGAAACCCUAUGAGUGCAGUGAAUGUGAGAAAGCUUUCAUUAGGAAAUCUCAGCUCAUUGUACAUCAGAGAACUCAUUCAGGGGAGAAACCCUAUGGAUGCAAUGAAUGUGGAAAAACCUUCUCUCAGAAGUCAAUUCUCAGUGCACACCAGAGGACUCAUACAGGAGAGAAACCCUGUAAAUGCACUGAAUGUGGGAAAGCCUUUUGUUGGAAGUCUCAGCUCAUUAUGCAUCAGAGAACUCAUGCGGAUGAAAAACAUAUUGAUGAAUUAAAUGUAAGAAACUUUCUUCCAAAAGUCAACUCAUAGGAAACUCCAGCAAAUUCAUACAGAAGAGAAACUCUGUAACUGAAAUAAUCUCAUUGUACACCAGAAAACUAAUACUGAAUAGAAACCUUAUGAACGCACAGCAUGUGGCAGGGCACCCACAGAAAGCUGCUUUUUGCAUAUAAAAUAAAAACAGUAAAUGCACAUGGAAUGUCAUGAAUUCAGUGAGCCCGGUAGGUCAUCCUUUGUUAAAGUUUGUACAGGUGAGGAGCCAUAUCAAUGAAGUGAAUUUUGGAAAGUUAUUUUUUUACUGUGAUAAAAUUUGCAAAGAGGAAGUUUCAUAAAGCAAAUGAAUAUGGAGCACACUCCUUUGAAAUUAAUUUUAAACCGUAGGAUUUUAAUGAGAGAAUGUGUAAAGGCAAUGAAUGGCAGAAUUAUCAAAAUUGCACACUCUUUAGGUAUCAGAAAAUCAUACCUUGGAGAAAUCAUGCUAUAAAUUAGGGAAAUUCUUCACCUAGGAAAGACAAACUUCUAUUUAAAAAAAUAUAUUAUGAAUGAAGAUCUAUGAAUGUGUCAGAAGGGGUAAAGCCUCAGUAGAAAGGUUCCCUUCACUGUUAUUUUAAUUUGGAAGAUAAUUUAAGAAUUAUUGUAAGGGAAAUUAUGUUCCAGAUGUUCCAGAUUGUUAGGAAAAUAUUGGAGAAAAUAUUCAACUAUAAAUGAUAGGCAUGUUCAUAAUGGAAUAUAAAGUGGUUUUUUUUUUUUUUUUUUUUUUUUUUACAAUGUAAAUAAAUAUAAUCAGGAUAACCAGAAAUACAUCAUAAGACCUACAGGGAUAUUUAGAUGUUAUCUUCCUUUUACUAUAGGAGUUACGUGUAGUUUGGCAUUCCACUUGUGAAUGUCACAUAUGAGAGAUAAGUUAGAUACAUGCCAUUGCCCAGGGACUUAUUCUUUUUAAGAAAUACAACUUGUUUCUAGAAUAAUAUGAUUUAUUAAAAAUACAUUUCAAUACUACAAACCUUUUCUACUGUUUUGUACCUUUUGUAAGUGGGCCUGGUGGCUACUUCUUUAGUUACGUACAUUAUUAUAGUGCAUAAUUGAUGUGUUUGUGUAGCUGGAAUCUAUUCUGCCCUCACUAGUUAGAACAUCUUGAUUUUCACUAAGAUAAUCUCUCACAGUGUGUGAGGUCCUGAUGGGGCCAUCAUUCAAGGUGCCCUACAAAGGACUUGACAUGAUCGUCAAAGUAGGCUGAGAUAUUCCAGACUUUGAAUUUCUCAUGGACUCCUUAAGUACCAAAAAGCAAACUGAGCUUUUGUUUUCUGGUAACAUUUUCCUGCAAUUAUUAAUUAGUUCUUUCUGUAUAGAUUACCCAGGAUAGCUUUAGUUAUUGUCAUUUUAAAAUUCUAAUUCAUUUAUCUUUAUAUGAGUUAUCUGGUGUGCUUUUAACAUACUUAAAUGACACGUUUAGUGGCACUGCUGAAAUGUGUUCAGGCACACCUCAUUUUAUUGUCCUUCGCAGGCAAUGCUGUUUCCCAAAUUGAAGGCAUGUGGUGACCCUGCACUGAGCAAACGUAUUGGCUUCAUUUUUCCAAUAGCAUUUGCUUACUUCAUGUCUCUGUCACAUUUCACUAAUUCUUGCAAUAUUCCAAACUUGCCAUUAUUAGUUAUGGUGAUCUGUGGUCAGUGAUUAUGAUUUGCUGAAAACUCAGCAUGGUUUAGCAAUGUAUUUAAAUUAAAGUAUGUACAUUGCUUUUUUUAGACAUAAUGCUAUUGUACAUUUAAUAGACUACAGUGUAGUGUAAAUAUAGCUUUUAUAUGCGUUAAGAAACAAAACUUCAUUUGACUCGGUUUAUUGCCACAUUUGCUUCACUGUGGUAGUCUGGAACCAAACCUGCAGUUGUCUGAGGUACGUGUGUACGUGUUGCUGUAGAGUGAGGAUGGGGAAAAGUCACUGUGCCAGCUUCCUUCUUACAAGGUCAGUUUUCCUCUCCAGUUUCUUUAUGUGAAUGAACAUUAACCUGAAGAAAGUUGGGACCCUGGCAAUCACAGCUACACUUCAGGAGUAGCGUAUUGCAAACCACAGAUGUUUCUCUUUUUAAAUUUUUAAAAAAUGUUUACUUAUUUUGAGAGAGAGACAGAGUGUGAGCAGGGAAGGAGCAGAGAGAGGUGGAGCCACAGAAUCUGAAGCAGGUUCUAACCUGCUUGGAGGCUCUGAGCUGUCAGCACAGAGCCCGACGUGCAGCUUGAACCCAUGAACCGUGAGAUCACAUCGGACGUUCCACCGACUGAACUGUCCAGGCGCCCCUCAAGCCACAGAUACUCCUGAAUCCCCUCCCACUUUGUCCUCUGUACUUGAGGAGGGAAUACCACCAUUUACCCUCCUUUGAAGGAGGUGUUUAAUGAUUUCUGAAUGCCUGGUCCUUCCUGUGUUCAGCUCAUUACACAGGAUGCAAUCUAAAGAUACCUGGAGUAAAGAAGGAUGAUUCACAGAAGACAAGAGAAAGUUUGCAUGAGGGAAGAAUGUCAGAUACUUGAUCAAGUAUAUUCCCUAAAUCUGGAAAAUAUAAUGAGUAUGUGUUCUGUCAUAGAUGUUCCAAGGAAGAUUCACACAUAAUAAUGAAUUGUGUGAAUGUAUCGUGUGAUGCAAAUCCACAUGCAACCUUGCCCAGUAGAAAUGUUAAUAUAAUGUUGACAACAUUAUAAUGUUUCAACAACGUUGAAAUCAAAUACUGUGGGAAAGGCUAAUGCUAACAUUAAGUUCUUAAUCUUAAAAAGAAAAUUUGGGGCAACUGGUCAGUGUAGAGUGUGCAACUCUUGAUCACAGGGUUGUGAGUUUGAACCCCAUGUUGCACGUAGAGAUUGCUUAAAAUAGGGGUGCCUGAGUGGCUCAGUUGGUUAAGUGUCUGACUUUGGCUCAGGUCAUGAUCUCACGAUUCAUGGGUUCGAGCCCUGCAUUGGGCUUUGUGCUGACAGCUCAGAGCCUGGAGUCUGUUUCGGAUUCUGUGUCUUCCUCUCUCUGCCUCUCCCCAACUCACGCUCUUUCUCUCUCAAACAUUAAAAAAAUAAAAUAAUAAAAUAAAAUCUUUAAAAAAAGAAAAUCUACCAGAUAAAUGAAAUUUAACAGAAUGAAUAGAUUUACAACCAACAAACAAUAAGAAAAAGUAAAAAAUUGAAUCUCUGGCUUGAAAUCUGUCUAGCCCUUCUAACCCUGCCCCAGCCCCAGACUUUUAGUAAUAGCUGAUUAUUCUCAGGAAAAUUCAAGGAAAGAUAAUCCAGCAUUUUACGGUUUUUCCAAAAAAUCGACAUGGGGGGGGGAUAAUUCAUGAGUCGUAUUUAUGAACAUAGGUUAAAAUGUACUAAAUCUAAUAGCAAAAUUAAUUCAACAAUGUGGAGGUGUUUUUUUUUUUAAAGCCAUGACAAUACGUGUAGCAGACUACUAGUCAUGAACCCAGUGUCCCUUCAUUACCAACAGAGUCACUGUGCCUUUUUAUUUUAAAGUUGAUUUAUUUAUAUUGAGGCAGGGGAGGGGCAGAGAGAGAGGGAGAGAGAGAAUCCCAAGCAGGCUCUGCACUGCCGACACGGGGCCUGAACCCAUGAACCAGUGAGAUCAUGACCUGAGCUGAAAUCAAGAGCCGGACCCACUCAACUGACUGAGCGACCCAGGUGCCCAAUUACUGUAGUUUUCAUACUGACAAUGAGCUCAGCCAAAAAGUUACAUUUCUCCAUUGUUCUUGUAGUGAAGUAUCUUGCUACUAAAUUCUGAGUAAUGAAGUAGAGGUUGCUGACAGUGUCUAAUGGAAAGGCUGUAAAGAAAACUGGGGAAAGCCCCCUAGUGUUCUGGAAUCAUUUCCCACUUUAAUACACAGCACACAUGAUGGUUGGAGAUUGAGCAUCCAUUGUGGAACCUGGAUUCAUCUCAAGGACAGAAGCCACCUGCGUCCGUGCUUUCUGGUAAUGACGGGGCUGCUAUACCAGCUCUACACUACUAACAUCUGAAUAUCUUUUACACAAGGGUGCAUGAACUGCCUUGUUUAAGCCACCUUUUCUUUUUUAGGUAGGAAGGGUGUUGGAUCUGUUAUAUGCAGCUGAAUGUCACCCUAUAAAAAUACAUUAUGAUGUUUGGGAGAUUUAAUAUUUAGAAAAUCUUCAUAAAAUUAAUCACACUACCAGAUAAAAGAAAGGCCAUGUGAUUAUCUCAAUAUGUGUAGAUAACACAUUUGAUGGAAUGUAAUACCCUAGAUGAUUUUUAAAUAUUACUACAUUAGGAAUGGAAAUUAAAUCCUUUAACUUUGCAAACAGAAUGUUCCAAAACUGGACAUAAGUACUUAUUGGUAGAUAUAUGCCAUUAUAUUAAGAAAAUUACAAGAAUGGCCAUCACUUUUAUUGAACAGUGUGUGAUAAUUCUAGCCAAUGUGUGGAAACAAGGAAUUGGGGGUGAGGGCAGAAAAAAAAAAAACUUCCAUUGUUUGGAGGUGUGGUUGUCUGUUUAGGAAAACCAAAAUAAACCUCAGGCAAAUACAGAGAAUUGCAAAUAGAGUAGGAUCUCUACUGGAUGCGUAUCAGUUGUGUUGCUCUGCUUCUGGUUAGGCUGGGCAAGCUACGACAUCUUAGAAACUGAGAGCACAAACCGCAGUGAGCAUGGCGGUAGGAAGUAGAAAGCACUUUCUGUAAGAAAAGAGAGUUUCUGCUCUCAUCCUCGGUGAAACUGCAGGAAGAGGAGAGGGCCCACGUAGCAAAAGGGAAAGCAAGACAAACAGGCAGUUGCCUGUGGACUGGCGUGACACAU